AUGACAAAGGGGACAUCAUCCUUUGGAAAGUGUCACGAUAAGAUGUGCACAUUGUGCCACCACUAUGGCUCUAAGGCCUACCACCUUUGGAAGUUGACCUGUGGCAAAUAUAGCUAUCCUGCCAACAGGAAGGGAAAGUAUGACUGGAGUGCCAAGGCUAAAAGACAAAAUACCACUGGGGCUGGUCGAAUGAGGCAGCUAAAAAUUGUAUACUCCAGAUUCAGGCCUGGGUUCCAUGAAGGAACAUCACCUAAACCCAAGAGGGCAGCUGUUGCAGCACCCAGUUCUUCUUAA